AGCAAUUGCAAGAGCAAAGAUUUCUCUUUUUUCCUUUUUUUCCCCCCGGGGGGGGUGGGGGGUGGGGUGGGGGGAGGGAGCACCCCCAGACAUUCCUGGACAUCACCCCCUGCCCCAAGCAUGCAAUAAACACUGACAAGAAAAAGUUUUUAUUUCCUGGUUCAACUUUUUUUUUCCUGGAGUAUAGACUGAAGAAUGGGAAUAAACACGAAUAAAUAACACAGCGAGGCCGCGCACGCCGGGAUGCGCCUGGCUGCAGCCGGAGAGGCUAUUGUCUGCCUGCCCUGAAGCCAGCCCCGUGUCCUCCUGCAGCUCCUUCCCUUUCCCUAGCCUUUUUUUAUUUUCCUUUUCAAAAAGACACCCCUUCCAGUCCCCUCGCCGGUGACCUUGGCCUCCUCGGAUGCUCUGAAUCCACACGGCUCCCUCCAACUUGCCCCCGUGCUGGCUGGGCCCAUGGCCGCGUCUGAGGACGGGAGCGGCUGCCUCGUGUCGCGGGGCCGCUCGCAGAGUGACCCCAGCGUCCUCACAGACUCCUCGGCCACCUCUUCCGCGGAUGCCGGGGAGAACCCAGAUGAGAUGGACCAAACUCCCCCAGUGCGUUCCGAGUAUCUGGUCUCAGGGAUUCGAACUCCCCCUGUGAGGAGGAACAGCAAACUGGCCACCCUGGGCAGGAUCUUCAAACCCUGGAAAUGGAGGAAAAAGAAAAACGAAAAACUGAAGCAGACCACGUCAGCGCUGGAGAAGAAGAUGGCCGGCAGGCAGGGCCGCGAGGAGCUCAUCAAGAAGGGGCUGCUGGAGAUGAUGGAGCAAGAUGCCGAGAGCAAAACACGCAGCCCCGAUGGAGGCCCCGGACCUGCGCAGAGUGAGCCUGCCACGCCCACGCAGGAGGCUCUUGCUGCGGGAGACGCCCAGCCCGGGAGUCCCUUGGCUGCUGGCACAGACCAGGCCACCCUGGAUGAGCCGCUGUCCUCAGCUGCCCAUUUGGACGAUGCAGCCAAGAUCCCAUCUGCGUCCAGCAGCGAAGAAGCAGAUGCUAGCAGCAUCCCAUCUGCCACUGAUGAGCCUUCCCAGGCCUCAGCGGGGCCUGACUCCCUGGACAAUCCUCCCAGACCUCUGGAGAGAUCCGCAGGCCAGCUGCCCAGCCCCCCACUGCUGCCCACCCCACCACCCAAGGCCAGUGUCAAAACCACCAAGAGUGUCACAGGCCAAGCUGUGCUCUUCCAAGCCCCCAGCAUGAAGAGUGCUGAGCCUCCCCUCCGAGGACAGCUUUCCACACCCACAGGGUCUCCACACCUCACGGCUGUCCACCGGCCGCUGCCUCCCAGCCGCGUCAUUGAGGAGCUGCACAGGGCGCUGGCCACGAAGCACCGCCAGGACAGUUUUCAAGGAAGGGAAAGCAAAGGGUCUCCCAAGAAGCGGGUGGACGUUCGUCUGUCGAGAACGUCCAGCAUGGAGCGGGCCAAGGAGCGUGAGGAGGCCUGGGGCGCUGAUGGAAUCCCGGAGAGCAAGCGGGCAGUGGCUAAGGAGUCUGAGGAGAACAAGGAGAACCUGAUCGUGAACUCUGAACUCAAGGACGACUUGCUCUUGUAUCAGGACGAGGAGGUGCUGAAUGACUCCAUCAUCUCUGGGACACUCCCGAGGAAGUGCAAGAAAGAGCUGCUGGCAGUGAAGCUGAGGAACCGGCCCAGUAAGCAGGAGUUGGAGGACCGGAACAUUUUCCCCAGGAGGACUGAUGAAGAGAGGCAGGAGAUCCGGCAGCAGAUCGAGAUGAAGCUCUCCAAACGGCUGAGCCAAAGACCGGCUGUGGAGGAGCUGGAGAGAAGGAAUAUCUUGAAACAAAGGAAUGAUCAGACAGAACAGGAAGAAAGAAGAGAAAUCAAGCAGAGGUUGACGAGAAAGCUAAAUCAGAGACCCACUGUUGAUGAAUUAAGAGACAGAAAAAUUCUGAUACGAUUCAGUGAUUAUGUGGAAGUAGCAAAAGCACAGGACUAUGACAGGAGGGCAGACAAGCCCUGGACCAGACUGUCCGCAGCAGACAAGGCAGCAAUUCGUAAAGAAUUAAAUGAAUACAAAAGUAACGAAAUGGAAGUACACGCAUCAAGCAAGCAUUUGACAAGAUUCCACAGGCCAUAGAGAUUUUCUUCUGAGAAGAAUUUGUGUUUAAUUUUUGAUACCAACACUGAACAUUCAUCAGGGAACUUUCCUGAAGUUCAGCUCAAGACUCCCUGUGUCUGUGAGAAGAACAGGGUCACACACACAGGUGUACCUUGGCCGCACUGACCUGCAUGAGGAGUAACCAGAGGACACACUUCUUCUUUGUUGUCUGAGGAGUGUGAGAUGCUGGGGUCAGUUAAGACCCAAAGUCACUCUACCAGAAAGAAACUGCUGUUUGCCUUUCAACCUUGUUCUACAGUUCUGCGGUGCCGUGGAGGACGGGCGGCUGGCCAUGUGCAGGUUCACCACUCCCGGGCCUCUGAUGCGAGGGACAGGGGACGCAGUGUCAUUCAGUAUUAUGUUGAAAAGACAUUUUUAUCCUGACCACAAUUCAUUUGAAAACUCUUUUAAGUUUAUGUUAUACAAAAUAAUUUACUGUAUUAUACUUUUUCUUUUUUUUUUAUAUAAUGUCUAACAAAAAAUACAGCUGCAACAUUUUGAUUCCUGUUAAUUUUGCUCUUUAAUUAAAUGACUACUUAUUGCAGGAAAUUAA